AUGCGUCUCGCCAGCACUGUCGCCGCCCUCGCGGCCGUGACCUCGGCCGCCCCCUUCGCCAACAUGGCCAGCACUGACAAGCGUGCGGUCUCUGCUACCGCAAACAGCAACGACGAUUUCACCACCAUCGACGCCAGCCUCCCCUCCAAGGUCAUAGUCACCAAGGAGAACACGCUCAACAGCACGGCCGAGCCCUCCGGGAGCGGCGAGCCCACCAAGGUCGACGCCGCCGAGGCCCAGGACGACGUCUCCAUCCCCCUCCGCCUCGUCAACAACCUCGCCGGCGACGGCGUCAACGCCUACAUCUCCGGUACCGACCCCGACGGCAAGGUCUUCUUCCUCGGCUCCGACGGCAGCCUGAUCUACCCGUCCGCCGGCGGGGCCGUCGAGCCCGUCCUGAUCGCCGACGCCAUCGCCAUCGCCAUGCCUGCCCGGGGUGAGGAGCUCCGGAUCACCGUCCCGACCUCCUUCGCCUCCGGCCGCAUCUACUUCGUCCAGGGAGAGCUCGACUUCUUCAUGGUCACGUCCGACCUCGGCACCGACGCCCUCGUCCAGCCGACCGUCAGCAACCUCCGGGACCCCAGCGUCGACCUCAGCUGGGGCUUCGUCGAGAUGACCCUCACCGACGCCGGCGAGAUCUGGGCCAACCUGUCCUUCGUCGACUUCGUCGGCCUGGUCCUGUCCAUGACGCUCAGCAGCGCCGACAACACCACCCAGCAGGUCGUCGGCCUCCCCGGCGACGCCGUCCAGACCCUCUGCGACGCUCUCGAGGCCCAGGGUGACAGCGACGGCCUUCCCUGGGGCGGCAUGUGCAUCCGGGGCGCCGACGGCAGCCCGCUCCGCGUCGUCUCCCCCACCGACUACGAGUCCAUCCAGCCCGGCCGGUUCGACGGCUACUGGUCCGCCUACGUCGACGACGUCUGGCAGACGUACUCGGCCGAGCCCCUGACCGUCGACACCCAGGACGGCGGCACCGUCACCUGCCGAGUCGACGGCGACGAGCUCCGGUGCGACGGCGACAACCGCGGCUACGUCAAGCCCACCGCCGUCGACAUCUGGGGCUGCAACUCGGGUCCGUUCGCCAUCAUCGACGGCGACAACGACGUCCACAAGGCCGUCGUGCCCCGCCUCUGCGCCGCCUUUGUCCGCGCCACCCUCACCAUCGACGGCGGCAACACCCAGCCCGGCCCUGAGGCCGACAGAUACUACUCCACCGACCCCACCAACCACUACUCCCGCAUCAUCCACGAGAACGAGGUAGACGGCAAGGGAUACGCCUUUGCCUACGACGACGUCAACCCCUCCGGCUCCGACGAUGCCGCCGGUCUCGUCAACUCCGCCAACCCCUCCGAGCUCGUCUUCUACAUCGGUGGCCAGCAAGCGUAA